ACACAAUCGAUCGAGUUCUUCGGUAAAUGCCAUAUGUCCCGUUAAGUAUUCUUUAAUAUAUUUAGACAAACAAUAAAAAAAAUGUUAUUUUCUAUUUAGGUAUGUUUCUGUGACGUCGGUUGCCAACCCUGGUGUCACUAUUAUAAACGCAAAAGCUUCACUGUUUUCCCGGAAGCGUCAAACUUUUACAGACGUCACCACUCACACUUGAGCUGAAUUUGUAACAAAAACCGCAUGUGUGGUAAGACACUAUGUUUAUUAGGCUUUUCCCACGGCUGAAUAACUAAUACAAUUAGAACUCUGGUGUCCAGUGGGAUCAAUACGUUUCCCAUUAGGAGGAUGCUUUUUACAGUGUUAGAGUUCCUUUCUGUGUGGGGGAGGGUGACACUGCGGUUGGUCACAUUCGUUGGAAUUUAAGCUGUGUGGUAAGAGGAACAGGAGAAGGAGAAGGCUACAGUUCAACAGAAAAAGACAGAACCAGAAUUAACCAGCGAAGAUGGCCGACAAGCUACAGAAGCUCGUGGCAGACAAGAAGGACACGGUUGAGACAGUGAUGGAAAUGUUUGAAAAAGGCGCAGAGGUAGUGGCCAGUAUUGCCGGUGACCUCUUCCCAGUUUUCUCCAUUGCCGCACCACUGGUCAAACUGGCUCUCGACAAUGUGGAGAGCAAAGAGGCCGCGUUCAUGAAAGAGCAGUUCCAGAAAGUGCGGGAGCGCCUCGAGGUUGUUUCCGAGGAGAUGCAGAGGAUUAACGAGGAGAUCAAAAAGAGUGGAAUGGAUGCCACAUAUUUCCCAAUAGAAGAGAACAUCACCAACCAAUUCAGAAAGUACAUGGACAUCCUGAACGCCAAACCCAAGUUCAGAGAGGUCAAGAAGAAGCUCUUCCUUGAUCAUUUUGCCAAAACGGGGGGGGACAAAAACCUCAACACUUUGUACAACGUUGUCACGGGUAAUAGCUUCUCUGGGGAGUCUGUGCUGGAGAUCACGCUGAACUACGAGGAGAAGAGUCGGCGUCCUUUGGAGGACUUCUGUGCUAGGCUAAAGAAGCUUUUUUGCAUUGGGCUAAUAGCACUGUUGGGCCACGCCGCUCUCAAGGGAUACGACGAGGAGGACAUUCUUCUGAAAGACUGGUCGGAGAAAAUGCAAAACGUCCAGUCCAAAAUCAAUGCUGUGAUCGAAGACUGCAUUGUCAGUUUUCCCAAACAGGCUGAGCAAGAUUGCCGUCGCCUGGUGAGAGACCAAUCGGGAGCAACAAGCCAGCAGCUAGCUGAUGCUUUGAUCGAGCACCUAAAAAAGAAGUAUGACUGGGUGUUCUGGUCUGUGCGUGUAUUCAGGUCACCUAUGGGCCUGUUUGCCAACAAAAAGGAUUUCCACUGCCCAACAGGGAAGACUCGCUUCCAGGUUCCGACAUCGGAGGAGAAGCUGAACGUCUGGGUGUCCUACAGCUCCUCGCCCGAGCCAGUGGACAAGGAUUGUAUCCAGCACCUGAUCCAGAGUCAGAAGAAACACACUGUGGUGGGGCUAUCAGAGCUCUUGUUUGAGAAGAUUCCAGGUGACCACGUGGUCCACACAGUAAAAACCAACAAAGAUCUGGCCUGUGCUUGGAGCUUCAGCAACGAGCUCCACUACUGGGAUGAAUACAAAAACAUCUUUAUUUGCGUUCACUCCGCUUAAAUACCAAACAACUCUCAAUCAUUUAUAUCAAUUUGCCAAGUCUAUUAAGUGCCUUCACCUGUAAUCCUGCCACACACACAUAUAUAUAUAUAUUUAUAUAAAUAUAUAUUUUCUCAAUAAUUAUAAUUUCAUUUAAAAAAAGGGUGUCUUAAAAACAAAACACAAGUCUUUCCCACUGAUUAAUGAGAAUGUAGCUGUUUAGCUUGAGUUGUUGAGCAGUGACUUGGACCCCGUUCAAGGCAUGUAGUGAAACAUAGAGCAAGAGAAAAUGGCUCCAGGCCAUCAACAGCAGAAGCACGUCUCUUACGUAAUGUAUUGUGAAGGGUGUUUGGUGUAUGAAAGUGACUGGUUAAUGGCACUGGUUGCUUUGUGCCCCCUUCAGAACUUGAUACAUGUCAAUAUCAGUAUAAAAGCCUUUACACAUAACUAUAGAAAUUGGUGUGACAGAAUUUUUUUUUUAAGAAUGACAAAGUGUCUAGUGUACAACAGUAACAAAACAAAGCCAGGAACAUAGACAGGCUCACUGUGCGUUUUGAAAUAAACACUCUAUAUGUUGGUUCCCUUUCGUUUUAUUCUAUUUCGUGUGACCUUGUCAGAGAAUGUUUUUCGAUACAGUAGUGCUUUGUAUUGCUUUAUUGUUGCCUGUUAUUAUUCAUUUCAUUAUGUCUAAUGCAUUUUAUCAGGACUGUCAAUUGAUUUUAAAAUUUUGAUCGGGUUAAUCGUAGGAGGGCUAUGGGGUAGUCGUGAUUAAUUAGGAUUGUAAGUUUGGAUUAAUCGUGGUAAAUGUUCAUUUUAUAAUUCUGACCUUUUCUGUAAUUUUUUUUCUGUAUGUUGCUGGAACAGAAAGACAAAUAAGAGCAGGUGCAGUAGAUGUACGUGUUUCACAAUUUUUUUUAUCUUUGACUAAUCCAAAUGUUGGAAUCAUAAAAUCCUACCAAAAAUA